AUGGCCGAUACGGCACUGCCCAAGGCUAUGGCCGACCUCGCCGUCUCCAAGACGAAGGAGCUAAAAGGCACCGAGAAGCGCGACAGUCUCGUCGAAAUCGAGAAGAAGUACCAAGCGAAAUGGCAGCAGGACGGCGUUUUCGAAGUCGAUGCUCCUUCCACUUCCGAGUUCCCCCUCGACUCCAUCAGCGCCGACGAGCUCCGUGAGAAGUUCCCCAAGUUCUUCGGCACCAUCGCCUACCCUUACAUGAACGGCCGUCUCCACGCCGGUCAUGCCUUCAGCGUCAGCAAGAUCGAAUUCCACACCGGUUUCGCCAGGAUGCAGGGCAAACGUGCCCUAUUUCCCCUCGGUUACCACUGCACCGGUCUGCCUAUCAAGGCCUCCGCCGACAAGCUAGUCAAAGAGGUCAGCAUGUUCGGCAAGAACUUUGAGCUCUACAAAGAGGAGGAGGAGGUCGACUCGGCCCCCGCCGAUGCGGCGCCCAAGGCAGCAAAGGAGGACUUGACCAAGUUCAACGCCAAGAAGGGCAAGGCUGCCGCAAAGACCGUCAAGGCCAAGUACCAGUGGCAGAUCCUGAACUCGGUCGGCAUCCCCCUUGACGAGAUCCACAAGUUUGCCGAUCCCCAAUAUUGGCUACACUACUUCCCGCCCGAGUGCAGGAAGGACCUGACAAACUUUGGUGCGCGCGUCGACUGGCGCCGCCAGUUUGUCACGACCGAUGCGAACCCUUACUACGAUGCUUUCGUAAGGUGGCAGAUGAACCGCUUGAAGGAGCUGGAGAAGGUCAAGUUCGGCAAGAGGUAUACCAUUUACUCCAUCAAGGACGGUCAGCCAUGCAUGGACCAUGACCGAAGUGAAGGCGAGGGUGUUUUGCCCCAGGAAUAUACCGCCUUGAAGCUCAAGGUCUUGGAGUGGGCUCCCCAAGCCGCCGAAGCCCUCAAGGGCAAGAUCCCAGAGGAUGCGUCGGUCUAUCUUUGCCCUGCGACCCUCAGGCCCGAGACCAUGUAUGGCCAAGUGUGCUGCUUCGUCGGUCCCAGUCUGAGCUACGGCAUUUUCAGGGCGUCUGAGAAGGAGUACUUCGUCAUCACCGACAGAGCCGCCAGGAAUAUGGCCUACCAGGGUAUCUUCGAGAAGGAGGGUGUGCCGGAGAAGGCGGCAGACAUCAAGGGUUCCGACCUCAUCGGCACCUUGGUGAACGCGCCUCUCAGUUUCCACCCCCAGGUGCGCGUUCUUCCCAUGGAGUCCGUCCUCGCCACCAAGGGUACCGGUGUCGUAACAUCUGUACCGUCUGAUUCACCGGAUGACUACGCCAUGGUGACUGAGCUCGCCAAGAAGGCCGACUUCUACGGCAUCAAGAAGGAGUGGGCCGAGCUGGAAGUCACUCCUAUCAUCCAAACACCGACAUCCGACCUGCUGGCUCCGUACUUGGUCAAGAAGCUCAAGAUUGCUUCGCCCAAGGAUGCCAAGCAGCUUCUCGAGGCGAAGGAGCUCGCCUACAAGGAGGGCUUCUACCAGGGUGUGAUGAAGGUCGGCGAGUUCAAGGGGGAGAAGGUCGAGGUUGCCAAGCCCAAGGUCAGGGACCACCUGAUCAAGAACGGCGAGGCGUUUGCCUACUCCGAGCCCGAGAACAAGGUGUCAUCGCGGUCUGGCGACGAAUGCACUGUUGCCCUGCUCGACCAGUGGUAUCUUGACUACGGCGAGGAGAAGUGGCGCCACAUCGCCUACGACUAUGUCGAGAACAAAGAUGGCAAGGGCCUCGAGACUUACUCUCCUGACACCCAACAUGCUUUCAAGGGAGUGCUUGACUGGCUCAGGCAAUGGGCCUGCGCCCGGACGUACGGCUUGGGGUCUAAGCUGCCGUGGGACCCCAGCUUCCUUGUUGAGAGUUUGAGUGAUUCUACCAUCUACAUGUCUUACUAUACCCUUGUGCCAUGGCUGCAUACAGACCUCUUUGGCAAAGAAAAGGGCAAGGGCAACAUCAAUGCCGAGCAGAUGCUUGACGAAGUGUGGGACUACAUCUUCUGCCGGACGCAGCUGUCAGACGAGCUCGUCUCCAAGUCAGGCAUCCCCAAGGAGACACUGGAGGGCAUGAGGAGAGACUUUGAAUACUUCUACCCGCUUGACAUCCGUUGCAGUGGCAAGGAUCUCAUCCCCAACCAUCUUACUUUCUGGCUGUACAACCAUAUCGCCCUCUUCCCCCGCGAGUACUGGCCUCGCUCGGUCCGCGCCAACGGCCAUCUGCAGUUGAACGGCGAGAAGAUGAGCAAGUCGACUGGCAACUUCAUGACCCUGAACGACGUCGUUCAGAAGUACGGUGCGGACGCCGCACGCGUUGCCCUCGCCGACGCCGGUGACGGAAUCUCGGACUCCAACUUCGUUGAAGAUGUGGCCGACAACACCAUCCUGAGGUUUUACACCAACAAGGAAUGGAUUGAGGAGACCAUCAAGGACGACAAGCUGCGGACUGGUCCGCUCAACGACUUCCAAGACAUCCUCUUCGACAACGAGAUGAACUCUCUGGUGCACGAGGCCAGGAAGCAUUACGAGGAGACUUCGUACAAGCUCGCCCUCAAGGCGGCCCAUUACGACUUCCUCAACGCCCGUGACAUGUACCGCGAGGCCUGCAAUGCCGCCGGCAUCCCUCUCCACAAGGAGCUCGUCCUCAAGUACAUCAAGCUCCAAGCCCUCAUUCUCACGCCCAUCGCGCCCCAUUGGGCCGAGCACGUUUGGCUGGAGAUCCUUGGCGAGCCAAAGUCUAUCCAAACGGCCGUCUGGCCCGACGUGCCCGCCGCCGACCCGGCCCUCACCGCGGCGCGCGAGUACGUCCGGCAGACAUCGUCCAACAUCAACUCGGCCGAGGCCGCGCAGCUCAAGAAGAUGGCCAAGGGCCGCCAGAGCGACUUCGACCCCAAGAAGCCCAAGAAGCUGACCGUCUUCACGACGGCGUCGUUCCCGGCCUGGCAGGCCAAGUACAUCGAGCUGCUCAAGGAGGUGUGGGACCCGGCCACCAACACCCAGAGCAUAGAUGACAAGACCCUCAACGGCCGCAUCGGCAAGAUGGGCGAGAUGAAGAAAGCCAUGCCCUUCGUCCAGGCCCUCAAGAAGCGCCUGAGGGACGGCGAGCCGGCCGAGGCCGUGCUGGAACGGAAACUGGCCUUCGAUGAGGGGAAGACACUUCUGGCAAUGGUCCCCGGCCUGAAGCGUGCCGCCGGCCUCGAGUCGGUGCAGAUUCUCGCCGUCGAAGAGGGCAGCAAGAACGGCAAGGACCUCACCGCCAACGGCGAGGAGGUCGAGAUCAAGGCGCCUGUCGCCGAGUCGGCCCUACCAGGGCAGCCGAGCUUCUUCUUUGAGAACGUUUAG